AUGGAAGUGAGUUCAGGUUUGGUGGCCGGCUCUCACAAUAGGAAUGAACUUGUUGUUAUCCCCCGCGAUGGAGAAUCUGCUCCAAGAUCGUUAGAGAGAGUGAGCAGGAAAAUAUGCCACAUAUGUGGAGAUGACGUGGGGCUAACGGUAGACGGAGAGCUUUUUGUGGCCUGCAAUGAGUGUGCCUUCCCCAUUUGUAGAACUUGUUAUGAGUAUGAGCGUAGAGAAGGAAAUCAAGUCUGCCCUCAAUGCAAGACUAGAUUCAAGCGUCUCAAAGGAUGUGCCAGAGUCGAUGGGGAUGAAGAAGAAGAUGACAUUGAUGAUUUGGAAAAUGAGUUCAAUUUCGAUGGAAAGAGUAGCAACAGACUUGAUAUGCAGCACCAUGGUGGUCUUGGAAGACCUGAAUCUAUGCUUUACUAUGAUCCUGAUCUGCCUCGUGACAUUCAUCAUCCUUUGCCCCAAGUCCCUCUCCUUACUAAUGGUCAAAUGGUUGAUGAAAUUCCUCCUGAACAUCAUGCUUUGGUCCCUUCAUACAUGGCUCCUGUUGGUGGCGGCGGAAAAAGGAUCCACCCCCUCCCCUUUUCAGAUUCUGCCCCUCCCGUGCAACCAAGAUCCAUGGAUCCUUCCAAGGACUUGGCUGCUUAUGGUUAUGGAAGUAUCGCUUGGAAGGAGAGGAUGGAGAGCUGGAAGCAAAAACAGGACAAACUGCAGAUGAUGAAGAGUGAAAAUGGGGAUUAUGAUGGUGAUGACCCCGAUCUUCCAUUAAUGGAUGAAGCAAGACAACCACUGUCACGGAAAAUGCCUAUUCCCUCCAGCCAAAUCAGUCCUUACCGAAUGAUCAUCAUUGUUCGACUUGUAGUUCUUGGGUUUUUCUUCCAUUAUCGAGUCACACACCCCGUGCAUGAUGCAUUUGCAUUGUGGCUCAUAUCUGUUAUAUGUGAGAUUUGGUUUGCUGUUUCAUGGAUUCUUGAUCAAUUCCCAAAAUGGCUCCCUAUUGACAGAGAAACUUAUCUUGAUAGAUUGUCUCUGAGAUAUGAGAAGGAAGGCCAGCCUUCACAACUUUCUCCAGUUGACAUAUAUGUAAGUACCGUUGAUCCAUUAAAAGAGCCCCCUCUGGUGACUGCCAACACGGUUCUGUCCAUUCUUGCAGUGGACUACCCUGUUGACAAGGUUUCAUGUUAUGUUUCUGAUGAUGGUGCUGCGAUGCUGACAUUUGAGGCAUUGUCAGAAACAUCUGAAUUUGCAAAGAAAUGGGUCCCUUUCUGUAAGAAAUUUAGCAUUGAACCUCGGGCACCUGAGUUCUACUUUGCUCAAAAGAUAGAUUAUCUCAAAGAUAAGGUGCAGGCUUCAUUUGUUAAGGAACGAAGAGCAAUGAAGAGAGAGUAUGAAGAGUUUAAAGUUCGGAUCAAUGCUUUGGUUUCCAAGGCUCAAAAGGUCCCAGAAGAUGGAUGGACAAUGCAGGAUGGUACUCCAUGGCCUGGGAAUUUGGUUCGUGAUCACCCUGGAAUGAUUCAGGUUUUCCUUGGCCAAAGUGGAGGGCAUGACACUGAUGGAAAUGAAUUACCUCGUCUGGUAUAUGUUUCCAGAGAAAAGAGACCCGGAUUUAAUCACCACAAAAAGGCUGGAGCCAUGAAUGCUUUGGUCAGAGUCUCUGCUGUGCUAACAAAUGCACCUUAUCUUUUGAAUUUGGAUUGUGAUCACUACAUCAAUAACAGUAAGGCUAUUAGAGAAGCAAUGUGUUUCAUGAUGGAUCCAUUGCUUGGAAAGAGAGUGUGCUAUGUCCAGUUCCCACAGAGGUUUGAUGGUAUUGACAGGAAUGAUCGAUAUGCCAACCGGAACACCGUGUUCUUUGAUAUCAACAUGAAAGGUUUGGAUGGCAUUCAAGGACCUAUAUAUGUCGGAACGGGGUGUGUUUUCAGAAGGCAUGCGCUUUAUGGUUAUGAUGCUCCAAAAACAAAGAAACCACCAACGAGGACAUGCAACUGUUUGCCUAAGUGGUGCUCUGGAUGCUGUUCUGGAAGGAAAAAGAAGAAGACAAACAAACCUAAGUCUGAGUUAAAGAAGAGGAACUCCAGAGCACUUGCGCCUGUGGGUGCUUUGGAGGGUAUUGAAGAGGGCAUUGAAGGAAUUGAAAGUGAAAAUGUGGCCGUAACAUCUGAGCUGAAAUUGGAAAAGAAGUUUGGACAAUCUUCUGUGUUUGUAGCAUCUACCCUACUAGAGGAUUGUGGCACACUCAAAAGUGCCAGCCCCGCGUCUCUGCUCAAAGAAGCCAUCCAUGUCAUUAGCUGUGGCUACGAAGAUAAAACAGAAUGGGGCAAAGAGGUAGGGUGGAUUUACGGUUCAGUUACAGAGGAUAUAUUAACAGGCUUUAAAAUGCACUGUCAUGGAUGGAGAUCAAUAUACUGUAUUCCUUCUAGGCCAGCAUUUAAAGGUUCAGCACCUAUUAAUCUUUCUGAUCGUCUAAACCAGGUCCUUCGAUGGGCUCUUGGAUCUGUUGAGAUAUUUUUGAGCAGGCAUUGUCCUCUGUGGUAUGGAUAUGGAGGGGGUUUGAAGUGGUUGGAGCGUCUGUCUUAUAUAAAUGCUACUGUUUAUCCGUUGACAUCUAUUCCUCUACUGGCAUAUUGCACUCUUCCUGCAGUCUGCUUGCUUACUGGGAAAUUUAUCACUCCAGAGCUCAGCAAUGUUGCCAGCUUGUGGUUUUUGUCUCUUUUCAUUUGUAUUUUUGCAACCGGUAUACUGGAAAUGAGAUGGAGCGGGGUUGCUAUUGACGAAUGGUGGAGAAACGAACAAUUUUGGGUGAUUGGAGGGGUAUCAGCACAUCUAUUUGCACUGUUCCAAGGGCUUUUAAAGGUUCUAGCUGGAAUUGAUACAAACUUCACUGUGACGUCAAAAGGAGGAGAUGAUGAUGAGUUCUCAGAGCUGUAUGCAUUUAAGUGGACCACAUUACUCAUCCCACCAACAACAUUGCUGAUAAUAAACCUGGUUGGAGUCGUUGCUGGUGUCUCAAAUGCUAUAAAUAAUGGGUAUGAGUCAUGGGGACCUCUGUUUGGUAAGCUUUUCUUUGCAUUCUGGGUGAUAGUUCACCUUUAUCCUUUCCUCAAAGGUUUACUCGGCCGACAGAACAGAACUCCCACGAUCAUCAUUGUCUGGUCGAUUUUGCUUGCUUCCAUCUUCUCCCUUUUGUGGGUUCGAGUUGAUCCAUUCUUGGCCAAGUCAGACGGUCCCCUUUUGGAGGAAUGUGGAUUGGACUGUAAUUAA